AUCACAAUGUCGCGAAGCGCUCCACAAAGAGCUGCACGCCGUAUUCGACGGCGAGCACGACCUUCUUUCCCUCUUCUCAAUCUCCCAGUCGAGCUUCAAUUGAACAUAAUUUAAGCCUCUUCCUCCUCCACCCCGAAUCAUGCCUCCAAGGGAUGCUACGUGAGUUGCCACACUCUACAGCGAAUCUAUUCCAUGCAUCAUGGGCGCUUCAUUGUCUCGCAGAGGGAGAAUUCGACCCCGUCGGAGCCAAGGCCUUCCUUGAGCGGAGGAACCUCGUCAAACAGCCAAUCGCAUACCCGCAUAUUCUCAAAAGCUUUAGCGACCCUAUGGAUGCGUUGGACGAAUUCCUGGACUUCAAAGCAGAGAUCGACAUCAUCGUCGAACGGUAUGCCGAAAGUGUUAAUGCUAUCAUGGAGACAUUUGUCAACCCAGAUGUCGAGAUUCAACCUAUCACGCUUUCAGGGGCUGAAUAUGCUCGGAUUUCGGAGGCCUUUUUGAUUCUGAAACUUUAUUAUCAGUUUCAACUCAAGUUCAAGCGUGCUGAGAAAUUUGGGGACGGCCCCUUCACUUGGGAGCCCGAUUUCACUAGUUGCCUGUAUCCGUGGCAAGUUGAGCAAGUUCUAUCUGUAGACUGGUUCCUUCAAAGCUACGGACACACUUGCUCCUCCGCAUUCUACGGGCUCAUCAGCGAGUGGUAUAGUUCACAGGAAAGGUUAGAAGAGGAAUCGUCAUAUUUUCGGCACUUCAAACGAGCAAUUUCGAAUGUGGAAGCUUAUUACCCGGCGAAUCCACAUUUUGUUCCUUUUCGUCUAGCGGCCCGAUACUUUUCCUCAAUGGCUCCAUGGCGCCUCAAUUCGGAAGCCUUCGACUCCCCUACUCAAGGGCCCUCAGAAGAAUUAUUGGGAACAACUGAAAAUACCACCCCUAGUCAUGGCUGGAUCUACUUCAAAUCAGUGAGGCAGCCUCAUCAAAUACCUGAAGCUAUUUAUGGACAACUGUUCCUUGAACUCGGGAUAUUUUUCUGGGACCAGGAUCGUCUCGCGGAAUGGAAUCUCGCCGAUCCGAAUGAGUUCAAGGAUGUCCUUGUGGCCUUCGAAACUCGGCAACACCAAGCGGGCCAAUACUAUGCAUUUAUGAGCCAGCUGGAUUAUGAAUCCUUCCUGCAGCGAAGAGAGUCGGACCGGAUUAUUGAAUGGACUCGCUGCCCUAUACAAGGCACAUUUGGUGCGUGGGGAUUGGAAAAGAUUAGGCUAGGCCAUUUUCUCGCAGAUCUAAAUUAUGAAAAACUCCACAGAUGUGGGUAACUUGAAGCAAUACCUUAACUUAGAUCAAAGAAAAGAAAAAAAAUUCCUGGUAACGAGUCGCAAUAUUGCCGUAGCUA